AUGGGCAGUAAGAAGCAUGUCAACAGUGCUUGUCUCAACUGUAAGCGACGCAAGGUCGAGGUCAGAAGUUGCAACCGUGCUUGCGAUGGCACAAAGACGUGUUCAAACUGUUCCACCGCACAGCUCGACUGCGUUUACAAUGCCGAAUCUGAUAUGAGAAAAAUCUCAGCCAAAAGAGUCAUCCUCGAUUUGAGGUUGCGGGUUGCCGAACUCGAGGGUGUCCUCCGCGACAACAACACGGAACGACCACAGGCUUCGUCGCCUGACACCUCGGAAGCGACCACGGCGGAUUCGAGGACAAUGUCAACCACAUACUCUCAUGAUAUCGCACCGGCCCCGCUACCGUAA